AUGGCGUCGUCGACGCGGCCCGUCCCGGCGCGCGGCGUCGCGCUCGAGCGGUUCGACGCGGGAAUGGCGGUGAUGAUCGACGGCGCGCGCGUGGUCGAGCGCGGCGUGCGCGCGCGAGAAGGGGCGCGAGCGGGGGAGGUGUUGAUGGUGACGGAACCGUAUUUCGCCGUCCUGCGCGAGCGAUACGUCGACGCGGUGUCGUGCGCGACGUUUAAGACGAUCGCGCGGGACGAUGCGAUCGUCAUGGUGCACUGUGGGAUCCGGGAGCGAGGGAGGGCGAGCGAUGGGGCGUUCGAGAGCGUGGUGGAUGAGUGGGCGCGAUUGUUGGCGCAAUCGAGUCGCGGGACGCCCGCGGCGGAGGUGCGUAUGGCGAUGGGAUGCCUGCUUCGAAAGCGACGAGAGGACGAGGGAGUGAUCGAGAAGCGAGAGUAUGGACUAUUGGGAGAACGCGGGUUCGCGGCGAUCGAGGCUUUGCACGAGGGCGUGAGCGCGAGGAAGGACGCGGAUGGCUCGGACGCGCGACGGUUGGACCGGGUGAUGGAGAUUUCGUCCGCGGGCGUCGUCACCGCGGCGUUGAUGGCGGGGACGAUGCGGAAGGGGGUGACGGAGGAUGACAUCGAGCGCGCGAUGACGGCGAUGAAGGAGAAGUACGGGAUCGAUGCGAAAUCGUGCGUGAAGUUGUUGUCGAUUUUGGAGGCAAACGGAUUCUCCAUCACGCAGGGUGACGGCGAUCCCGACCGUCUCGGGUUUGGGAUUUAUCCCGACGCGUCGCUGUUCAAUCACUCAUCGCGCGCGAACGCACAGGUAUCUUUCAUCGGUAAGACGCUCGUCGUUCUCGCGACACGAGACAUCGCGGCCAUGGAGGAGGUGACGAUUUCGUACUGCGACAAUUACAUGUCGCAGGAUUGGAGGCGACGAAACAUGCUCGCGGGGUACGGAUUCGACACGUACAACGCGUUCGGGGUCGAAAAUAGAAAACGUGCGGACGAGGCAAGAGCACGCGCGAUGAGCUCAGCCUCCCGAAGGCCCUUGGACGGUGAAGUCAACGACGGCCACAUCGAAUUCGGCGAGAGCGUCCAUCCGAGCUGGGAGAGCUCGAUGAGCGCAAUGAUGAGAGAAGAAUGCAAGAUAACCGACAAAAAAGAUUGUGGUCUCGGUGUGCACGUCGAUUUAGGCGAGGACGUCGAUUGGUUCGCCGACGAGCUUAUACCAGAUCGAAGUCUCGCGAACGACGCGUCGUGGUUCGCGCUCUCACACGACGGCGUCGAUUACGACGCGGGCGUGGGAAUCAUGCUCGUCAAAGCUGACGGUGGACGUAAAGACAUUUUCGUGCGUAAGGAUGACGAAAUCGUCACCUGGGGAAAAUUCCCACCGGGGGUCGAUAGAGAGCUCACGGCGCUGAAUUUCGCCAUGGCGUGCGACAUCAUCUUCAAACUACGAAUGGAAAUAGAGGAGGGUGCUUUCGAACGAGAAGAUUAUUCCAAUAGUCUUCCCGCCGCGGGAGAGUCCCUAGCUGGAGAGAACGCACUGAUGAGACUCGAGCGUGUUAGCGAGAUGUUAGCGGGGAACGGCAACGACAUUGCAGGCGUCGGAAGUCGACAUGAAGUGAGAAAAUAUCUGUGGUUGACGAUGUUACCAAUCGUGUACUUGCCAGGGGUUAGUAAGACGCAACGUGGAUUAACGAUGGCUUUAGGUGCCACUAAUUCUCUUCGAAUCCUCUACGCAUCCUGCGAAGAUACUUUUUCGCCGUACGAUUCCGCUUACAUGUGCUUCGUGUUUAGCUGUUUCAAGUUGGGACAGCUCGCUCUCCACUCGGACAUUUCUACUCCGGGGUGCGAUUUCAUACGUGUGAGAUCGCGGGUGAAGAAUCAGAUUCUGUUGUACAACGAGUUAAAGACGAACAUGAGCAAGGCGAGCGCGCCGGGAAUGGAGAUGCACGAGGAGUGGGCAGAAAAUUAUCAAGUAUGGGGCCACGACCUCGAGAUGUUCUACAAGAAGUUCACGAGACGGAAGUAG